GAUGGAAAUUCACCGGCGUUGCGCUACUGUGUGGGGAAAUCGGGAAAAGAACAAGUUUCUUGAGGACUUGAAGCGGUUUUGGCGGGUGGCAAACGGCUCGUCACGUCUGCCAUUCCUGUCAGCUGUGCUUUGUGUAGACACACUGCUGCACGUGCAGGCAAUCCACUUUUUUUCUUCUGAGCCUUCUCGUUUUUCCCUACUUUUUCUCCUAGUCCUCCGCUGUGCUGACGGCGCUUUUCUUUCCUGUGCUUCUUCGACGUCAGUUGGCGUUGUCUUUUCCGCAAACGCAGGAGACUCUGCAGCGCCUGUAGCGUCGCGUUUGUGUGUACACCCCGGUAAUCCUGUUUUUUCCACAGUUAUUUGCGUCCAUUUGCAACCUCCGGUCGGGUUUCCCCUCGUCUUGGUCAUCGAAGUAAGCCACUUUCUUCCAUGCUCGUGCUUUAGGUGGGCCGUGACUUUUCCUUGCUCUUUGCAAAGUCGUCUUUCUGCGGUUCCCGGGGAAGGAGUGGUGUCUCUGCCGUGCUGCCAUUUGCGCCGACUCUCCCCGUGGCAAUUUUGUCGGCUGUCCUGCAGUAGUGUGCCGUUCUCUGUGGAUAAAGUGGAAGUUGAUUGGUAUCCCUUUUGUCUCUUCGGCACGCUUGCCGCGAAUUUGCAUCUUACCUGACACACUGGCAGCUCUCGCUGUGCUCUUCCAUAAGACGAAGCAAAAUGGCGGGCCUGCCUUCGAACCUUCGUGGACUCCUUCAGCAGUUUGGGGGAAUGGGAGUUGGUCCCCCUAACCGCGACCAACCGAUGGCCGAUACCUCCGAGCAGGUGUACAUUUCGUCCCUCGCACUGUUGAAGAUGCUCAAGCAUGGACGGGCAGGAGUACCUAUGGAAGUUAUGGGUCUGAUGCUCGGGGAGUUCAUUGACGAUUACACUGUCCGAGUCGUCGACGUCUUUUCCAUGCCACAAUCAGGCAACAGUGUCAGUGUCGAGGCGGUGGACCCGGUCUACCAGACGGAGAUGCUGGAGCAGUUAAAAAGGACAGGACGUCCCGAGAUGGUCGUCGGCUGGUACCAUUCCCACCCGGGCUUCGGGUGUUGGUUCUCAGGGACGGAUGUAAACACUCAGCAGAGUUUCGAGCAGCUGAACCCGAGAGCCGUGGGUGUCGUCGUGGACCCGAUCCAGUCGGUCAAAGGCAAAGUUGUCAUUGACUGUUUCCGUCUCAUUAAUCCGCAUCUUCUCAUGCUUGGUCAAGAGCUGCGCCAGACAACCAGCAACAUUGGCCACCUUCAGCGCCCGACCAUCUCAGCGCUUGUUCACGGUCUGAACCGGAACUACUACGCCAUUGUGAUCAACUACAGGAAAAAUGAGCUGGAGAACCAGAUGCUUUUGAAUCUCCAUAGGAAUAAAUGGAACGACGCUCUUAAGCUUAAGCCAUUCGACGAAAUGGCCGCAGAGAGUGCGGCGUGCACCAAAUCGAUGAAAGAAUUGUCGGAGCAGUACAACAAAAUGGUUCAAGAAGAAAUCAAAAAGACGCCUGAGCAACUUGUGGUCGAGCGUGCUGGGAAAGUCGACGCCAAGAAACGAUUGGAGAAUGAUGUAGACACGUUGAUGACGGAAAACAUACUCCACUCCUUGGGCACGAUGAUUGAUACCCUCGUCUUCUAGACGCAUUUUGCAUGGAGAGAAGAACGAACGGGACAUUUCUUGUCCACAACCACGAAGCAGGCAUGUGGGAGGCAACCUGAUUAUAUUUCGCCUUGCCUCUGAUUCCGUUCUCUACGAAAUCUACAGUGCGGAUGUAUUUACAACGAAAAACUCCAGCCCAAACAACUGUAUCGUAUCUAGGACACUGACGAAGUGCAGUGCCACUGUGCCGUAGAGGAAAAUUCAGAGUGCAAGUCCCUCGAAGGCAUCGCCAGUUUAGUGUGGGUGUUCAGUGGUACUUCCGUGAAUGGGCACGUCUCUCCGCAGAACAUGUGAAUGUUCAGAGCGUGCUUGUGGAACACGUGAAGACCAAACGAUUGAUUGGCUUGUGCCUCCCCCUCUGGCGUCCCUGAGAGUGGGAAGGUGGAGGCAUUGUUUUAUGCAACUUUGUUAUUUAAAACCCACAGACACAUCCUGUAUUUUCUUCUGAA